AUGACAGACACAUACACACACACAUACACACAUAUAAAAAAAAAUAUUUUCAAGGUUAUCACAUUGAUGACGACGUCUUCGGAUUUUUAAAUCUGAGUUUGGCCGAGUCUCUUUUCUUUUUAUUCUUUUUGUUCAUUAUGCCAUUGAAUUUACCUGCCUUAAAGAAGUUAUCCGAGAAAUCCAUUAUUCUUGCUUCUGCUUCUCCGAGAAGGCGUGAGAUUCUGACAGAUAUGGUAUGAUUUAAUGCAUUAAAAAAGGAACCAUUCACACAUCCAAAAUACAAGGGAUUGAAAUUUCAAGUGGUACCCACCUUAAAACCCGAUGAAAAUGAUCCUACACUAUACAAGACUCGAGCAGAUUAUGUGUUCGAUACAGCUUAUAUGAAAGCCAAAGAAAUAUUUGAACGUUGUGAGCAAGAUGCUCAACUUCCUCAAGCAGACAUUGUGAUUGGGGCAGAUACGAUUGUUGUCAAGGAUGAUUGCGUGCUUGAGAAGCCUCGCGAUGCAUUGCAUGCACUCUCUAUGCUUCACGCAUUAAAUGGUUCGACACAUCAAGUAUUGACGGGUGUUCAAAUUAUUUUCAAGAGCCAAUCUGGUCAAGUAGAGCGUAUUGGAUUUGUAGAGAAAACGGAUGUUACAUUCACCCGUCUUGAUGACGAAACAAUACAAGCUUAUGUUGAUUCCAAUGAGCCAUUUGAUAAGGCAGGUGGCUAUGGUAUUCAAGGUGAAGCUUCUCUGUUUGUAGAGUCUAUUCAUGGCGAUUAUUGGAAUGUGGUUGGUUUACCCAAGAAUCAUUUAUUUCGAGAAUUGUUAAAAGUAGUCUGUGUUUAAAACAACGCAUAUAUAUAUAUAUAUAUAUAAACAUUUACUCUGUGUACCUUGAUUAUUGUAUUUUUAAGCCUUUUCUUAUCCUCUUUUCUUUCUUUCUUUCUUUCU